AUGUCGCAGCGACCAUCAACCCCUCCCGCCAGGGUUGAUGCGGUUCAAGCGCGUGCUUCCUUGACCCCGGAGCAGGUGAGGAGAAUUGAGAUCAACCGCCUCAAGGCAAAAGCGCUUCGAGAGCAACGAGAUGCAGAAUCGGCUGGAUCCUCCAGUCUGCAGAAGCCUGAUGGCUCUGUCGCUGGACAGAAGCGUACCUUCGAGACAUUCUCUGGUGUUCCUGCAACGAUUCGAGACGCAAGGGCCGAUGGGGAUCCAGGUCGGCCCCUCGAAGCCAUCCGACCGGCGCGGAACUUCACAAAAUACGUUGAGUACGACUUGAGUAAGAUGACAGACACAAAGGGUGGGUUUCUGACAGCAGACGAUGAUCCUCACAACAAGGCAAUGCACUCCGAUGAGCAGGACAAUAAGCCCUCACACAUGACUCAGAAGGAUUGGGAAAGACAACAACUUCUAAAAUCUCUGCGCAACCAGAAGGCAGGACCCUUCGAGCCAGGUAUCAGUGCACUUGAAGACCAGGCUACUCAAUCAUGUCGAGAUUGCGGUACAUUGGAGGUGGACUGGAAGUGGCUUGACGUUUUCGGUAUUGCUGUGUGUAAUGCCUGCAAAGACAAAUACCCCGAAAAGUACAGCCUUCUCACCAAGACCGAAGCCAAAGAGGAUUAUCUUCUUACGGAGCCUGAACUAAAAGACGAAAACCUCCUCCCUCAUCUCGAAAGACCGAACCCACACAAGUCGACUUGGCACAAUAUGUUUCUGUACCUGAGAUGUCAGGUCGAAGACUACGCCUUUUCUGAGAAGAGAUGGGGCUCGGCGGAGGCAUUAGAUGCUGAAUUUCAACGAAGGGAAGCAGAGAAGAAGCGGCGGAAGGAGACCAAGUUCAAAUCGAAACUGGCCGACCUGAAAAAGCGGACAAGAGUGGAAGCACACCAACGAAGUCGCAAAGGUGGCGGUGGGAAUUUCGGUGAUGAUCUAGGCGACGGCAAGCACAUUCAUGACUUUGGUGUUCCGGUGGAAAAUCCUGAGAGUGGUAUUCCCGUGAAGAAAUGUGUAAUAUGUGGCUUGGAAGUCGAGGAAUUAGACCUGUAG